AUGUCUUCCUCAAUCAAGAAUGUUCUCAUCAUUGGAGCUUCCGGCAAUGUCGGCCGCGCCAUCACAGAUGCGUUUCUCCGGCACGGAGGCUUCAACGUCUCAGCUCUCACCCGGUCCUCGUCGUCAUCUACAUUCGCGCCCGAGGUCACCGUCAUCCGCACCGCGUACACGCUCGCCUCCUUGAUUGACGCAUUCACGUCCCAGCACGCAGUUGUUUGUGCCAUUGGCACGGUGGCCAACGCCAACCUGGAGAACCAGCGCCUGUUCAUCCAUGCUGCCGAAGCCGCUGGCGUGAAGAAGUUCAUCCCUACGGAAUUCACGCUCGACACCAGUGAUGAACGUGUCGUAGAUCUCAUCAAAUGCUGUAUCAUGAAGCGAGAUACGGUCGACAAGCUAAGAGAGGUCGAGAACAGAGUGGAGUGGACGGCCGUCUCGACUGGCCCUUGGGUUGAUUGGAUGGCCACCGCCCCCGCGGAGGAAUGGCCAUGGUGGGAUCUCUCCAACAAGACAUUUGUCAAGUUCGACGACGGCAAUACGCCCUUUGAUGCGUCGAGCCACGCCCAGGUGGGCAAGGCCAUUGUGGCCACCCUUCUCCCCGAGAACCGCGAGGCUACCAAGAAUCAGCACAUUUUCAUCCGCAGCUUCCGUCUCACCCAGAACCAGGUCCUCGAGAUCUUUGAGAAGACGACCGGAUCGCCGUGGACCGUGGUUCCCAACAGUAUCGGGGACGUUGGCAAGCAAGGGCGUGCGAUAUAUGACGAGAUCACCAGAGACGGGGGGAUCAGCGCUGCAGCUGUGCACCCAGAAUUGGGCGGCAAGUUGCUGCUGUCCGUGGGCCUGAUGAUCUCGGCGGGCAUUUUCGGACUCGGUAACUGGUGUCAGUUCGAGGACAAGGCCAAGUUCUGGAUGAACAAGUUGGGCCUUGAGGAUGAGGAUCCUGUUGAGGUGCUCUCGAAAGCUAUCCGGUAGAGCCCUUGUGGCAUCGAUUCGGGCCGAGCCUGGGAGUAACAAUUGUAUCAUUAUGAAGAGUCUCCUGUAGUCCGGAAAGGCAAACCAAAACAUCAAAAACAACAUAGCUGUUGGUCCAGGUGCAGAGUUGCGGGUGCAGCGGGUCUAUCAACCAGGCCAGAUCCAGGUCGUCCAUUCAACUGAUUGAGACGAAUUCUGCACAAGAUCUGAAUCAUCUGAAUGUUUGGGCUGGUACUGAUAAAUACGGAUCAGAUCUUAGAAGAGCCUUGCGUAACUGAAUGAACGAACUAAUAGAUGAUAGAGAGGUCAAUAUAAAAAGAUGAGGCUUGUGGUGAUGAACGGUUACCUACCUAGUAUAGGGACACUACAACAGCCGAGUUAAAAAGGGGGUGGGGCCUAGGGUAAGCAGGUAUACUCGCAGUAGUUGCCCUGGUAACUCUCCACCCAUCCUGUCCCCGGGCCUCUCCUGUUAACAACAAACUCUGUAUU